UUCUGAGGUUCAGUCCAGCUCUGCAGAGGCGAGGACUCGGAUCAGACCCUGCACACAGCUCCUGCCACCGCUCACAUUCAUAAAUGGAUCCUUCUUUAUAACUCAUUUUGGACUUUUUGACCUGAAAGACACGUUUCCCCAUUCAACAUAUUUGCGUCUUCUUGCGCCCCUCUGGACUGGACUGGAUUUGGGAGCGUACCGGACUCCACUGGACCGUCAGGUCCCCACAUGUUGAAACCCAUUGUGGCAGUGGUGCUUGGAGUUUGAAUGGAAAUUGAUUUGAUGUGCACCGUAGGGCUGUUUGCCUCAGGACCUGGACCGUCACUUAUAGAUAAACAGAGCCUCGUUUGAUUCAUCUGAAUAGACGGAGAGGUUAUUUAUUUAAGCGGAGAGUCUUCAUCUUCAGCACGAGGUCAGGUCAGAUCCCAUCGUUAUUUAUUCUGACAGUAAGUUUUGGGAGAAGCGUUUGGAUGUUGGCUUAGUCUGAACGGUCAUGUCUGGGCGGAGGAUGCAACAGAUGAUGAGAGGGAGCGUGAGGGGCCUGUCGCUGCUGUGGCUGCUGACCGUGUGUCUGGCUCCCGGAGGCCGAGGCCAGAAGCUGAGGGAGUCGGAGGCGGAGGAGGCUCCGCUGGCCGAGAGCGACGCCAUCUGCCACCGGGAGGGAUGCUACGCCGUCUUCCUCCAGAAGAGGACCUUCAGGGAGGCCGGGCGGAGCUGCCGGGAGCGCAGAGGCACCCUGGCCACCAUGCACAGCCAGGAGGCGGCGGGCGUGGUCCACGAGCUGCUCUCCGCCAUCCAGCCACAGGGCGCCAGGCUAAGGCUCGUGCUCUGGAUCGGCCUGCACAGACUCCCACGCCAGUGUUCGUCCACCCGGCCGCUCAGAGGAUUCGUCUGGGUCUCAGGAGACCAGGACGGACAGUUCACUAACUGGCUCCGUGAAGACAACCCCGGGACCUGUGCAGCUCAUCGCUGUGUGGCCAUGAACGUCCACACCUCUGAGAACGGACGCGAAAGCAAAGACAACUUCCGCUGGGUGGACGGCUCCUGUGCGACGCCCCUGGACGGAUACGUCUGCCAGUACGGCUUCAAAGGAAUGUGUGCGCCGCUGGAGGACGAGGGCCGAGGUCCCGGGGUUUACACCACGCCCUUUCACCUGGUCAGCUCGCUGCUCACUCACGUCCCCUUUGGGUCGGUGGCGACUCUGCGAUGUCCCGCAGACCCGUCCGACCCGGACGCCCCCGCGGAGCAGACGCUGCUGUGCAUGGAGAGAGACGACAAGACCGUGGGCUGGUCCAUGGACGCUCCGAUCUGUUCGUCCGGCGAGGCGCCCAAGAACCAGGACUGGUGCGGCACGGACCACGCGUGUGAGCAUUUCUGCCAGACCACGGACACAGAUUACUACUGCUACUGCUCUGAGGGCUUCGUCCUGGACGUCGACGGCUACAGCUGCAACCCUGACCCCCUGAGCCAAACCGAUCCCCCCGAGCUUCCCUCCGACUCCGCCGACGCCACUGACCGACCCCCGGUCAAAGCCAUCUGCGUGGAGAUGGGGUGCGAGUACGACUGCGUGGAGACGGCUCGGGGCGUCCGCUGCACGUGUCCCCCGGGCUACCAAAUGGGUCGAGACGGCCGCAGGUGUUCCGACGUGGACGAAUGUCUGCAGCAGCCGUGUCCACAGCUCUGCGUCAACAUCCCAGGGACCUUCCACUGCACCUGCCACUCGGGCUUCCAGCCGGACGACGAGGGCGAGUGCGUGGACGUGGACGAGUGCCUCGACGAGGGCACCUGCGAGGGCACCUGCGAGAACACGGUGGGGUCCUUCAGGUGUGUGUGCAGCCCCGGCUACGAGGUGGGCAUCGGAGGGGAGUGCGUGGACAUAGACGAGUGUGUCGGGGAGUCUCCGUGCCAGCAGCAGUGCCUCAACUACAUGGGGGGGUACCAGUGUUACUGCAACAACGGUUUCGACCUGCAGCUGGACGGACUCACCUGUCAGCCGUCGCCCGAUGACGAAGAAUAUUCCACUCUGACCCCUGACCCCAGCGAGUCGGCCCAUGUGCCUCACUUUGAUCCCGGACAGGUCAUUCCCUGGUCCUCUUCCUUCACCCCCGAUCCCAACUUCGACACCGACUGGCUGACGGAGUCCCCUCAAAACCCAGACGUAGCCCACGGGCCGGACAAUCACCUGAACCAAUGGGACGACUUGUCCCCAGCGUGGCAUCAGACGCCGCCGUCCCCGACGCAAACGCACGGCACGGGCAACGAAAUUAACAAAGAGGUCGACGCUAAGACGGAGAGUAAAGAAGCCGGCGGUGCAGCUAAAACCGGAGGCGGUGCAGCUGCCGCUGAGGCCGAGGCUUCGGAGGGACCUCAGGUGGACGGUGCAGACGACGCCGGCGCCAUGGGAGAGGUAGGCGCUGGAUCUGAUGCGGGUAAACGCAAGCAUGACAAGAGCUGGCUGCUCGUGGCCUUGCUGGUGCCUCUGUGUGUGUUCCUUGUGGUGAUGCUGGCUCUGGGGAUCGUCUACUGCACCAGCUGUGCCGUGGACAAGAGCCUUAGUUUUUCGCACUGCUAUCGCUGGAUACUCCCUACGACUCCCCCAGAAAGGAGGGAUGGAAAAACCCAAGCAUGAACCCUAAGAUAAACAAAGAAAAAAAGUUAAAAAAAAAAAAAAAAACACCCGGAAUUUCUCUUUUGGAGCAGGACUGGUCGCCCAAAAAUUUGGAUAUUGCUCUUCUCAAUCAGCAAGGAAAAUUCUUUCUGUUGCACAGUCGCCUCUGUAAAUAACUCACUUUCUCGUCACGUUUUGAAGAAUUCAAUAAAGUCAUAAACUGAGUAAA